AUGCCACAUGCAGCCAAGGCAGGCGGCUACGAGGACUGGGAGCACAAUGCAGAGAUCAGCCAAGUAGCUGAUCACUGGCUCCGGUACAGGAUCAGCAAGAUCCAAGGGGACAAGAGCAACGUGCGCCGCCUGACGCUCGAAGCCGAGCUGGCCUUUGUCAUCGGGCAGAGGCUCGUGGGUGACUUGCUACGGCUGCUGCCGUCUAGGGUGGCAUGGGUGUCGCCAGGUGGCAGUGAGGAGGCGUUAGCUGCUCGUGACAUUGAGAACGAUGUCCAAGACAAGGAGGGCGUCCCUGAAGAAGACGAGGAUGCGUCGGGCGAGCGCAGCCUAUGGCCCACAGCGGAGGCGGGGGCCACUUUGCGCAGCGGCCUCUCCUGGGCGGGUUAUGCAGAUCGGACGUAA